UCCAUGAUGAGUCAAGCCCUGCCUUGCCUUUGUAGAAGGAACUCUGCAGGGCAUGAAGAAAGAAGAGGAAACGAGAGCAGAUGUGGCCUAACAUUCCUCCUGAGUUGUGCCCUGGCUUGUAUCCCAGCAUACUGCUGCAGCUCUGCUAGCUGUUCCAGCCAUGUCAACAGCACAAAGGCAGACCAGGAGGGUGUGUCGUUAACUCAUGGAGAGGUUGAGUCUUGGGAGGAGAUAAAGGAGGAGCUUGAGCAGACGGGGGAGUCCAGUGGAAAAAGGGGCUGGAGAGAAAAUACCCUGCAGGCUGUAGUUUGAUGCUGGGGUUUUCUGCCACAACUCUUAUGUGGUGACAUCCAGCACUGCUUGUCUUCUUCUCCAUACGGAUUUGAACUUGUGGAAUACAGAAAAGCAUUAAAACGGGCUGCAUGCUGCAGAAAAAGGAGAAGUAAAGAGCAAACGAAAAAGAAGAACCUGGUGUGAGGGCAAGAAUUUAGAUAUUUGAGAAAGCUUAAGCAAGUUUCAGCUCCUCAAAUUAGUCAAAAUGGCAACCAUGGAAGCACUGGAAUCCUCAAGUGCCAUGCUGGAGCCUCAGACCCUGACUGAAGUCUCCGACGAUGAGCUCAAUUUGCCAGCUUCUGAUGAAGAAGAUAAUGCCCUUGCUGCUGCCAAGAAAGACCUGCAUGUCAUGGGCACAGAGGAAGAGACGAACGAAGACAAGGAUGAGGUGCAAGCGUCAGACACGCAAGUAAAUGGCGUGAUGGUUCUGUCUUUGCUUGACAAGAUCAUCGGCGCAGUGGACCAGAUCCAGCAGACCCAGAGCGGGCUGGAGACCAGACAGCAGGAGAUGGAACGCACGGUGACCAGCAUCCAAGGAGAGCUGACCAAGCUGAGCAAGAACCACAGCACCACAUCCAACAGUGUCAAUAAGAUGAUGGAGAAGGUGCGCAAGGUCAGCAUCAACGUCAAGACCGUCCGAGCAACGCUGGAGAAGCAAGGCGGCCAGAUAAAGAAGCUGGAGAACAACGAGGCAGAGCUGCUGAAGAGGCGCAACUUUAAAGUCAUGGUGUACCAGGAUGAUGUGAAAGUGCCCUCAAAACUCAGCAUCUCCAAGUCUUUGAAAGUUUCUGAGUCUGUGUCAGGAAGCAGAGGAGGCAGUCUGCUGGAGCUCAAAGAGGCUGUGGAGGAACCUGGAGAAGCAGCAGAGGGUGACAAGGAGGACAAACCCCAUGUAGACCUUUCCUCAGAUGAAGAGGGGGUGGAAAUUGAAGACACCAUUGAGGAGACCCGAGCUGAACGCAUCAAGCGGACCAGUCUGCAGCGGGUGCAAAAUCUGAAGACCGUCUUCUCCAAGAAUAAGAUGGAUAAGACCAGAGCAAAGACCAAAGAGAACCUGGAGAAGACCAGACAAAAAACCAAGGAAAACAUUGAAAAGACAAAGCAGAAGACAAAGGAGAACCUGGAGAAGACCAGACAAAGAACGAAGGAAAACAUCGAGAAGACAAAGCAGAAGACAAAGGAGAAUCUGGAGAAGACACGUCACAACAUUGAAAAGAAAAUGGGUAAACUUGGAACGCGCAUGAGUGUGAACCCUGAGCGAAAACAGAAGAUUAAAACAUCUGGUGACAAGAUGAAGAAGGCCUUCACACCGGACCACGUUGUGUACGCCCGCUCUAAAACUGCCGUCUACAAGGUGCCCCCUUUCACCUUCCAUGUGAAGAAGAUCCGUGAGGGUGAAGUGGAGGUGGUCCAAGGAACCGAGAUGGUGGAGGUGUCCAGGGAAGUAGAGCCAAUAGGUGGAGAGGAUGUGGAAGUAGACAAUGCCGAGGUGGACGUUGAGAUGGAGAUGGUGAAUGGAGGCGGGGAUGAAGAAGAGCAUGAUGAGGAUGAAGAAGAAGAGAGCCAUGAUGCCUUACACGAGGAGGACGAUGAUGAUGAUAAAGACAGCGACUAAAUAUAGAGCAAAGAAACCUUCAUGCAUUCAGACCAAUUCUUUGUAUCUACACUGAGAUUUAGGCUUGAUUUGGAUUAAAAAGUAUAUUCAACAAUAACUGGGACAGUGAUGAUAUGUAGGUCCUAUUUUCACAGGUUUGGCCACCAUUUCUACCAAUGACAGAUGUUUUACAGUGUCUUCUGAAAACACAGCAUAGCCCUAUCGGUUUGGAUGUGUCCAUCACACAUUUACUUCAGUCUAAUAUUCUAGCACUCACAAAGACCUAAAAACUGAUAACAAACAACUAACAUUCAAGGUUUUGCUUUAAAUCUCCUAAAUUUGGACAUAAGUAGCCACAUGCGUUUGUGUCACCAGCUUACACCAAUAAUAGAGUAGAAAUGAUGGCCAAAACCAAACACAAGCAGAACAUCAGUCAAUCUGGAGAUCAUUUUACAUGCUUUCCCUUCUUUCUUCCAUUGACCAGGAAAACUAGAAUUAGAAUUUUGUUAAAGCUUUCAUAAAUAUUUUUUUGAUCACUAUAUUGUGAAAAUAUAACAUGAGCCCUCCUGUCUGUGGUUUAAAUGUAAUCUGCA